UUCGUCGAUUCACAAAAAAAUUUCCUAUUAGUCCAAAGGAAAAGGGGGCAUUUCAGCGCCCAAGAUAUGGCCGGUGAGGUAGCGGUGGAGGGUCCUGCGGCGGCGACAGAAGUAGGCGAUUCCAUUGAGCAGUCCCAUAUGUUGGAGAGAAAAUGGACCUUUUGGUUCGAUAACCAGUCGAGGCCGAAGCAAGGUGCUGAAUGGGGCAGCUCUCUGCGCAAGGUCUAUACCUUCGACACUGUUGAAGAAUUUUGGUGUUUUUACGAUCAGAUAUUGAAGCCGAGCAAGUUGCCGGCUAAUGCAGAUUUUCACUUGUUCAAAGCUGGAGUUGAACCGAAAUGGGAAGAUCCUGAGUGUGCUAAUGGAGGAAAAUGGACUGUCACGAGCAGUAGAAAGACUAACCUCGAUACCAUGUGGCUGGAAACGUUGAUGGCAUUGAUUGGGGAACAAUUUGAGGAGUCUGAUGAGAUCUGUGGCGUAGUUGCCAGUGUGCGCCAGAGGCAGGACAAGCUUGCACUGUGGACCAAGACAGCAACAAAUGAGGCUGCUCAGAUGAGCAUCGGUAGGAAAUGGAAGGAGAUCAUCGACGUUACCGACAAGAUUUCCUUCAGCUUUCAUGAGGAUCUGAGAAGGGAAAAGUCGGCGAAAUCGUCUCGGUACAGUGUCUGAUCAUUAACUCGAUCAUGUCGAGCUGCUAAAUUUUGAGGCAAGGUAUUCUUUUUGCUUUGGUUAUGGGAGUGUGUAAUUUUGAAAAAUGAAGCAUUUCCUGUGAGUACUAAAAGAGUGAGUGUUUUGAGUACAUAGAUGAUAUUACAGCUGAUGAACUGAAUGGAAUAGAAAACAGGAGAAGGGCAUAAGAAGAAGAAGAAGAAGAAGAAGAUCUCAGGCAAGGAAUCCAAGUCUUUCUCCAUUCUUCUUGGCCAGCCUGAUUAGCCCUUGUCUUUGUUUUCCAUCUGCUCCAAUUGAUUUGCAAAACUCUGUGAUUACCUGACAAACACCAACACACAUUCACAUCACUUUCAAGAUCAACAAGUACUCAUAUUGGUUAAGUUGGGUUAAGUUCGAUUGUUCGGGAUUUGAAAUUCAGUAUCGUUCUCUUUU